GCGCACAAAUGGGCGGCGGUCGGCAUGGCGGAGCCAGACCCGGAGUCGGAGCAGAUCCGUCUGAAGCGUAUCCGUAAGGAAGGCUUCUUCACGGUGCCUGCGGAACACAGGCUGGGACGAUGCCGGAGCGUGAAGGAAUUUGAGAAGCUGAACCGCAUUGGAGAAGGCACCUAUGGCAUUGUGUAUCGGGCCCGGGAUACCCAGACAGAUGAGAUUGUUGCGCUGAAGAAGGUGCGGAUGGACAAAGAGAAGGACGGCAUCCCUAUCAGCAGUCUGCGGGAGAUAACGCUGCUCCUCCGUCUUCGCCAUCCCAACAUCGUGGAGCUGAAGGAGGUGGUUGUGGGGACCCACCUGGAGAGCAUCUUCCUAGUGAUGGGAUACUGUGAACAAGACCUGGCCAGCCUCCUGGAGAAUAUGCCCACACCCUUCUCUGAGGCUCAGGUCAAGUGCAUCGUGCUGCAGGUGCUCAGGGGCCUCCAGUACCUACACAGGAACUUCAUCAUCCAUAGGGACCUGAAGGUCUCCAACUUGCUUAUGACCGACAAGGGCUGUGUGAAGACAGCGGAUUUUGGCCUCGCCCGGGCCUAUGGCAUCCCAGUAAAGCCAAUGACCCCCAAGGUGGUCACCCUCUGGUACAGAGCUCCUGAACUGCUGCUGGGAACCACCACCCAGACCACCAGCAUCGACAUGUGGGCCGUGGGCUGCAUCCUGGCUGAGCUGCUGGCUCACAAGCCCGUCCUGCCUGGCACGUCCGAGAUCCACCAGAUUGACCUGAUUGUGCAGCUGCUGGGGACACCUAGUGAGACCAUCUGGCCGGGCUUCUCCAAGCUGCCACUCGUGGGGCAAUACAGCCUGAGGAAGCAGCCAUACAACAACCUCAAGCACAAGUUCCCAUGGCUCUCAGAGGCUGGGCUGCGUCUGCUGAACUUCCUCUUCAUGUAUGACCCUAAGAAAAGGGCAACAGCUGGGGACUGCCUGGAGAGUUCUUACUUCAAGGAGAAGCCCCUCCCCUGUGAGCCGGAGCUCAUGCCCACUUUCCCUCACCACCGCAACAAGCGGGCCGCCCCAGCCACCUCCGAGGGCCAGAGCAAGCGGGGCAAGCCCUGAUGGCAGGCGCAGCACCCUCAGCCAGGAAGGGCUGUGGGCCAGGCUAACCAGGCCCCCUUGGUGGGGACCACCCCCUACAGCUGACUCCAUGCAGUC